UUUGGAGGGAAAGGCGGGAAACGGAGCUAUCGGGAGAAGAGCAGGCAAUCAGGUUGACCCCUGGACCCAGGUGCUCUUGAUCCAGGUGUACCCCCUUCGGGCCCCUCACGGGAAAAUAAGAUUAGCAGAUUCAGCCUUAGCGCUUCCAAACUUUGCAAAGCGUUUUAGCCGCGGGACCUAUUCGGAGCUUCCCCGAGACGCCGCGAGGUUUCAGAGAAUGACAGAAGAGACAGAUUUCACUGAACAAGACUCUGAUGGAGGCAGUGAGGAGGUGGUACUAACUCCUGCAGAGCUUAUUGGAAAACUGGAGCAGGCCUGGCUAAACGAAAAAUUUUCCCCUGAGCUACUGGAGAACAAGUGUGAAAUUGUAGAAUGUGUCAUGGAGCAGCUGGAUCAUAUGGAAAAGAAUCUCAGGCGAGCGAAGAAGGAUGAUUUGAAAGUUAGCAUCCACCAUAUGGAAGUGGAAAGAAUCCGCUACGUCCUCAGCAGCUACUUGAGGUGUCGACUGAUGAAGAUAGAGAAGUUUUUCCCUCAUGUCCUUGAAAAGGAAAAGACACGUUCUAAAGGAGAACCUUCCAUUCUCUCCCCAGAAGAGUUUGCCUUUGCCAAAGAGUAUAUGGCCAACAUGGAAACCUAUCUGAGAAAUGUGGCCUUAAGGCACAUGCCUCCUAACCUGCAGAAGGUGGAUCUCCUAAGGUCAGUUCCCAAACCUGAUUUAGAUUCAUAUGUGUUUCUGAGAGUGAAGGAAAGGCAAGAAAACAUUUUGGUAGAGCCAGAGACAGAUGAACAAAGCGAAUAUGUGAUCGACUUGGAGGAAGGGUCUCAACACUUGAUCAGAUACAAAACCAUUGCACCUUUAGUGGCUUCUGGAGCUGUACAACUGAUUUAAAACUAAAAAGAACUGGUGAUAAAGCCAUGAGGUCAUUGAAGAGAUCACUGGAAUAUCUUGGAGAACUCUGAUCUGUCUUUGCUAAUGAUAAUUAUGACAUAUUUAUACAGAUAUCUCAAACUUUUUUCAGUAGGGCUAAUGGACUCUAUGGGACUAAAAAGGAAGGCAGAAAUUCUAAUAAUGUAAAUCUCCUCUUCUGCUAUUUUGUCCCUUUGUCAGCAGGUGGGGCCAUCGCUCUCUUUAUUCUGAAUGUAAGACAACAGUUCUUUCCUGUGGAUUGUCAGGGACUGUUUACCAAAUGUGUGUUAAGUGAUAGUGUUUACACCUGUACAAAGGAAGUACGACUUGUAGGUAGGGAGAUUGAGUGUAUUAUGAGGCUAGCAGCAUUGUUUUGUUUUGUAUUAUUUUCUGGACUAGCACAAUAUAACUACAUGUAUGUAGGCAUUAAGGUGCUUAAGCCCAUUCUUUUGCGAAACUGUCUUUUGUAAGCUACAAUAAUGUGUCCACAAUCAAAAAUAUUUCCAACAUGCUCAACUAAGAACCUUAGCAAAACUAAUAGAGUAUUAUAUGUUACAUUUCUGUAAAAGAAGUCCCUGGAAAAUCCGUAGCCUUGAGUCUUAAAAGGCAUAAUUAUUUUGUUGCAAGACUAAAGCCCUCAGUCUUGAGCAACUUUGGCUAUG